AUGGGUCUUCUUGGAGUUGGGAGCCAGCAACCUGGAGACUUGGGAGAGAGAAGUGUGAAACUGGCCCACUCUGAUGCCUGGAGGCCACACACACAAGGCAGUUUUGUCAUCAUCUACAUCCUCAUGCUGUUCUUGAUCGGGAUUCCUCUCCUCUUCCUGGAGAUGGCAGCUGGUCAGAGGAUGCGCCAGAGCAGCAUAGGCCUGUGGAAGAUGUUCAGUCCCUGGAUUGGUGGUGUGGGGUAUACCAGUGUCAUGGUGAACUUCAUCACCGGUACGUACUUGAAUGUGGUCAAUGCCUGGGUUCUCUUCUACAUGAGCCAGUCCUUCCAGUUUCCUGUUCCGUGGGAGAAAUGUCCUUUACUGAAGAACUCCAGUGACUUUGACCCUGAAUGUGCGCGGACGACACCCUUCACAUUCUUCUGGUACCGGUUGACCCUGAAGGCCUCAGAUACAAUUGAUGAUGGUGGGCCACCAGUUCUCAGCCUGAGUCUGCCCUUCUUUGUGUCUUGGUGUCUCAUUGGUGCGUGCAUGAUCAGCGGGCUCAAGUCCAUUGGGAAGGUGAUGUACACCUUAGUACUGCUUCCCCACCUCAUCAUUCCCUGUUACCUUAUCUGGAGUCUACAGCUGGAAGGGGCCGGAUAUGGCCUUCAGCAUUUGGCAUCUAUCAAGAUGUCAUCCUUGUACAGCGUGAAUACGUGGUCACUAGCAGGGAGCCAAGUUUUGUUUAACUUCGGCCUAGGCUUUGGCCCCAUUGCAGCCUUAGCCUCACACACGGCCCAGUCCAACAACUGUCUUGGUGAUGCCCUUAUUGUGGCUCUGUUCAGCCUGGUCGCCUUGUUGGUUAUCUUACCUUUCAUCUUCUCUAUCCUGGGCUUCUGGGCUACAAUCAUCACGCAUCGCUGCUGUGAGAAGAAUGCUGAGACCAUUUUAAAGCUGAUAUCUGCGGGGAAGUUGCCUAGUGAGGCCCAGCCUCCUGAAAACCUGUUAGAGAACCCAACCUCUAUCUACAAUGCCUGGCUCAACAUCCUCCCCCAGCACAUCCGGAGCGCGGUCCUCAGAGAAGUGCCCGAGUGCAACAAAGAGAAGCAGUUUCUGAAGGUGAAGGAGGGCUCAAGCUUUGCAUUCCUAUCCUUUGUUGAAGCCAUGUCCUUCCUUCCUGGGUCUAUCCUGUGGUCUGUCUUCUUCCUCCUUGUCCUGCUGACCCUGGAGAUGAGCACCAUGAUAGGGAUGGUGUACACCAUCAUCACCUCAGUCCAGGACACCUUUUCCUCCCUCAGGAAACAUGCGAAGCUGCUCACAGACACGUUUCCUCUAGUGGGCGUCUGUAUGCUCAUGUUCCUGUGUGGCAUCUUCUUCGUGCAACCUUCCGGCAUCUACUUCAUCAUACUGCUGAGUGAAUACUGGACAGUCAUCCCCAUCGUCGUCAUCAUCGUGCUUGAAAACAUAGCCGUAGCCUGGGCCUACGGGGCCAGGAGGUUACUUGCAGACUUGAUCCUGUUGAACCGCCCUGUCUCCUCCAUCUUUGACUGGCUGUGGUGCUAUGUGUGUCCAGCUGUGCUACUAAUCCUGUUUGUGGCCAUCCUGGUCUAUCUUUCUAUGGAGACCUUCACCUACAUAGCCUGGGACUCAAGCAGUUCAAAAGAAGUGCUUCGACAAUACCCAACAUGGACACUGGUCUUGAUGAUCAUCAUUUUUGUCAUUGUCAUCUUCCCCAUCCCUGUAUACUUCAUAUACUGCCUCAUCCAUGGGAUUCCCUUCAGGCCCAAGAGUGAAGACAGGGUCAUGGUAGCCUCUAAGACCCAACCCCUAAGUGACAAACUACCACCCACUAACAGUGUUCAAAAGGAAGAAAUCCCACAAGGUGAUAGACAAAAUGAUGAUCAACCUGUCAUAUGACUUCCUAACUUUAUUUAUUUUGCCUGACAUCACAUAUCUCUCAAAACAGACUUAACGGGCAACUGUUAAUAUCAGCUUGCAACUAUUUAUUUCCCUGGAUCCAGAACUGCUCUUAUUCUCAAAGGGUGAGGCAUUAUUUGGGGGGCUAAUGGAGGCCUGUCAGCACCUUCCUGGACCCUAUCUUCCUGGUUACCACAGUCUCUGUGUUUUCCCCAUCCCCUUCCUCAACACACACAAACCCACACUCAGUUCAUACACGAUGGUGAUGCCUAUCAAACCUGUUGCUUCUGAUGUGCCU